AUGACUCUCUUCGAUACCAUCGAACAACUCACCCUCGCCAAUAACCCAACCCUCUCCACACCCGCAGAAUGCCUCGCCAAAGCCGGAUCACCAAGCACUUCCAUCGCCAUCCUCGACGACGCCACCCUCUCAUCGCGCUGCUACUCAACCGUAGGCGAUGACACAGAAACCAUCUUCCAAGCAUGUAGUAUUUCCAAGCCCGUCACCGCACUAGCCAUCAUGCGCCUCAUCGACGAAGGCUACUUCACUCUCGACAGCACCAUCGCAGAGCUUCUCCCAUCGGAGAUCCUCGACAUCCUAACUGAGGAUUCACCGUCCGCGCAGAAGAAAAUCAUUGCCUCAAUUACAGUCAGGCAGCUCAUGAGCCAUACUGCGGGCUUAUCGGUCUCCGGGUUCGUAGGAUACGCCAACGGUCCGUAUCCCACGGUCCAGGACAUACUACGGGGUGCUUAUCCCGCGAAUAAUCUGCGCGUAAGGCUGGAUGCCCUCCCCGGGAGUGGAUUCAGCUAUUCAGGCGGAGGAAUCACCGUUCUCCAAAUUAUUCUUGAAACGGUGACGAAGACGGAUUUUCCUACUCUUAUGCAGGACAAGGUGCUCAAGCCGUUGGGCAUGACGCGCUCUUUCUUUGGGGAAUUGCCUCCCAGGGAAGCGAAUGCAGCUGAGUCUCAUGAGACGGGAUAUACACCCUCUUGGACGACGCAUCAUUUCCAGCCUGAGUACGCGGCCGCUGGACUCUGGACAACACCCACGGAUCUUCUAAAAGCAGUGGCAGCGGUUCAACGGUCCCUAGAAAAGGACGACUUUCUCAAGAAAGAAACUGCGGAAACAAUGCUCACUAAACUUGAUAAAGAUUCAGGCAUUGCUCUAUCGUGGUUCAUUGCCGGUGAAAACGACACAAACUUUGCGCAUGGGGGCGCAAACGUCCCCGGAUUUAGAUGCAUGGUUGUCGGGUUCGCUGAGCCCGGGCCCAAGAAGUCAGGUAUAGCUGUCAUGACAAACUCAUCUGAGGGGACGGAUGUGCUUUGGAGAGUUUGUCUUGCGGCGGCGUAUUUGAAGAAGUGGCCUCUGGUGGCUAGUAUUCCUUCGUUGAAGAUGGUGACGCCGCUGUGGGAUAUGAAUGCUGUUGUUGGGAACGGUUGGAGGGACUACUUGGGGACUUGGACGGAUGGGAAGGGUGAGUACCGGGUGGGUGAGGAGGAUGGGCGGCCGGUUUUGUGGUGGAAUGGGUUUGGGCCUGUGAAGUUACUUCCUGGUGCGGUGCCGGAUUCAGUGAAUGAGGGGGGUGUUUGUUGUUUUGUGCUGGAUGGGUUGAAGCUCAUGCUGCGGUUGAAAGGGGAUGGUGAUGAGAAGGUGUUGGUGUUGGAGAAUGGGUUGAAGAAGGAUACGACGGACCUGAAGAGGUCGCCAUGA